GAUACGAACCAAGCAAGGACAUACACUGCUACCUACGCGUACGGUUAAAUAACGGAUAAAAAUAUAUUUUUUUUCCACCACCCAAAAAAAAAUCUAUGAAAAUCAUAGUCAAAGAAAAAAAAACAAUAUCCUUUCGAAAUUUAUAUGUGAAUCCUUUUUUUAUUUUUUUGCGUUCGAAGGAUCCUUUUUUUAAUUUUUCGCCAACCGAAAAAUAAAUGUGUUGUGACUGUGUGAAGUGUUCCUAUUUCAAAAAAAAAAAAAAUAAAAAUUAAUUAAAAAAGCAAAAGAAAUACAAGUGAAAAAAAACAUCCUUGCUAUUAUAGAAAAAAAUAUCCUUAAAGAGAAAAAAUACAAAAUUUUAAAGCAAGGAAGUGAAACGAAAUAGGAAAAAGAAAAAUAAUACAAAAAAAAAAAUCAUACCAUAUUCGGACUGCGCGAACUCACGCACAAUUCUUCCUUUUUUUUUGUAUUUUGUUCGUUUUUGUCUUCUCGUAAUUUUUUUGGUGGUAUCCUUUGGUCCUUUCUUCUCAUCAUACUGUGUAUUUCUGUAUAUCCCAUUAAAUUUAUUUAAAUUUAAACCAGAAUACCCAAAAAAAAAUCGAACAAAUAUCUGCAUUCAAAGUGAUUUAAAUCAAUUUCGCUGAAAAUAUGUGUAAUUUUUCGCUAAGUCGUUAGAACUUGUUGAAAUUCGCGUCCUAGACCGGUUUAAAAACUAUGGAUACGUGUAAAAAACUAUGACAAAUUAAAUUCGUGAAGAAAAAUUUUAAAAAAUUGUAUUCAUACAGUAGAAAGGAUACAAAAUAACUGAGCGAAAAAAUAAAAAAAAUCAUAAAAAAAUUCAAAUAUGGAUUUAACAAAUAAUUUCAUAUUUUUAAUAUUACUGAUUGUAUUAACUGCAUCAGCCGAUCAACAAACACAACAACAAUAUGCUGCCAAUCAAAAAAUGAUGGUUGACACACAACAACAACAACAACAACAACAUUUAAAUUCAGCUUUAGAUGGCAGUGAUGCUGCAUCGGGUGGUGCAACACAAUCACGUUAUGAUGCACCCGAUGAUUGUCAUUUCGGUUUAGCUGAACCGGGUGUAUCUGAUGAUAUUGCAUUGACGUGCAAUUUGCGAACGGUCAAUAGUGAAUUUGAUACGACGAAUUUUAGUGUUAUUCCAUCGGAAAAUACAGUUGCAUUACAUGUGCUGUGUAAUGAUGAAAUAAUGGCACGUAGUUCGUUGGAACCGCGUUCGUUUGUCCAUUUAACACGGUUAAGGGAAUUGUCAAUUGGAUUUUGUAAAAUUGCAAAAUUUAAUCGAGAAGUCCUUGAAGGAUUAACGGAUUUGAGAAAUUUAACAAUUAAAACACAUAAUAUUAAUUGGCCAACGUUGAAUUUCGAUAUUGAAUCGGAGGCUUUUGGGCCAACGAAAAAUCUUGAACGAUUGGAUUUGAGUCAGAAUAAUAUAUGGUCGUUGCCAGAGAAUCUUUUUUGUCAUUUAACUGGUUUGGCAUCGUUGAAUAUGAGCGAAAAUCGUCUACAAGAUGUUAAUGAAUUGGGUUUUAGAGAACGGUCCAAAGAGGUCGAGUUACCAUCGAGCACCGUGAGUAGUCAAGAUUCUCCAGCUGCUGCCCUAACACCCAAAAAGCCUUCCUCAGCUCCAUGCUCACUUGAUUUAGAAAUCCUAGACGUAUCCUUCAACCAUUUCGUCCUUCUCCCAGCCAAUGGAUUUGGCAAUCUUCGAAGACUCAAAUACCUUCAAGUGAAUAACAACGAAAUAUCGAUGGUCGCUGAUAAAGCCCUAAGUGGCUUAAAGAACUUGCAAAUUCUUAACUUGAGUUCAAAUAAAAUCGUAGCACUGCCAUCGGAAUUAUUUUCCGAGCAAUCAAAGUCAAUUCAGGAGGUUUAUCUCCAAAAUAAUUCAAUAAGUGUGCUUUCGCCGAAAUUGUUCUCGAAUUUGGAACAACUUCAAGCUUUGGAUUUGUCGUUUAAUCAAAUCACUUCGACUUGGAUAGAUCGAGCUACAUUUACCGGUCUUAUUCGUUUGGUUUUGCUGAAUUUGUCACAUAACAAACUUACCAAGCUUGAACCUGAAAUAUUUUCGGACCUUUAUACUCUUCAGAUCCUGAAUCUUCGACAUAAUCAACUCGAAAAUAUUGCUGCUGAUACUUUUGCUCCAAUGAAUAACCUGCAUACACUUUUGAUGUCCCACAAUAAGCUGAAGUAUCUCGAUGCUUAUGCCUUGAACGGUCUUUAUGUCCUCUCGCUGCUGUCUCUUGAUAACAAUGCUCUAAUUGGUGUCCAUCCUGAAGCUUUCCGUAACUGCAGUUCCCUCCAAGACUUAAACUUGAAUGGUAACCAGCUUAAAACCGUUCCAUUAGCUCUGCGAAAUAUGAGACUCUUGAGAACCGUUGAUUUGGGUGAAAAUAUGAUUAGCCAAUUGGAAGAGACAGCUUUUAAAGGUCUUGGUAACCUUUAUGGACUUCGUCUUAUUGGAAAUUACCUCGAAAAUAUCACAAUGAACUCCUUCAAAGACUUGCCAAGCUUGCAAAUUUUGAACUUGGCAAGAAAUCGUAUUCAAGUUAUCGAACCUGGUGCAUUCGAGAUGACAUCAAGCAUUCAAGCUAUUCGUCUGGAUGGGAACGACUUGACAGAAAUUAAUGGACUCUUCAGUAAUAUGCCAUCACUUUUAUGGCUCAAUAUCUCCGAUAACCAUCUUGAACACUUUGACUAUGCCCAUGUCCCAAGCACCUUACAAUGGCUAGAUCUUCAUAAAAAUCGUCUCUCAGAGCUUUCAAACCGUUUUAACUUGGAUUCCCAGCUUCGUUUGCAAACCCUCGAUGCAAGUUUCAACCAGCUUGUCAAAGUCACUCCAAGCUCGAUUCCAAAUUCCAUCGAACUUUUGUUUUUGAAUGAUAACCUCAUCGGAUCUAUCGAACCACAUUCGUUCCUCCACAAAACCAACUUGACACGAGUCGAUCUUUAUGCUAACCAGGUUACAACUCUCGAUGUGAAAAGCCUAAGAAUCCUGCCAAUCCCAGAUCACAGACCUCUUCCAGAAUUCUAUAUCGGUGGAAAUCCAUUCCUCUGUGAUUGUAACAUCGACUGGCUGCAAAAAAUCAACCAUAUGACUUCCCGACAAUAUCCCAGAAUCAUGGAUCUUGAGACAAUCUACUGCAAGCUUUUGCAUACUCGCGAACGAGCUUAUAUCCCUUUGAUGGAAGCUGAAGCUAAACAUUUCCUCUGCACCUAUAAAAACCACUGUUUUGCUGUGUGUCACUGCUGUGCUUCGGAAUCAUGUGAUUGUGAGAUGACUUGCCCGAAUAAUUGUACCUGUUUCCAUGACCAAACCUGGUCGACAAAUAUCGUCGAGUGCUCUGGAGUCGGUUAUAGUGAAAUGCCCAAAAAAGUUCCCAUGGAUACCACCGAGUUGUAUAUUGAUGGAAGCAAUUUCCCCGAUUUGGCUCCACACACUUUUGCUGGAAGGAAGAAUCUUAUCGUUCUUUAUCUCAACAACUCCAAUGUUCACCUAAUGCACAAUACGACUUUUGUCGGUCUUAAAAAACUAAGUAUUUUACAUCUGGAAGAAAAUCAUAUGGUAAGCUUGGUGGGUGAUGAAUUUUCAAUGCUCGAAAGCCUCCGGGAACUUUAUCUUCACAAUAAUAAACUGGCUUAUAUUGGAAAUGGUACCUUCCAGGGGCUGAGAAAACUCGAAGUUCUUCGUUUAGAUGGAAAUCGUUUAAUCCAUUUCGAGGUAUGGCAACUUGCUUUAAGCCCUUAUCUUGUCGAAAUUAGUCUGGCCGAUAAUCCAUGGUCUUGCGAGUGCAGUUAUUUGAGUAAGUUCCGAGGGUAUUUGGGACAGUCUUCUGAGAAAAUCGUCGAUGCCAAUAGAGUAGCCUGUGUCUAUAACAAUCUUACGAGUAUCCUGCGAGAGAAAAACGGUACCAAAUGUACUCUCCGAGAUGACUUGAGUGCUUAUGUGAGAUCAAGUGAAAUUGAAAAUCUUCUUCCAUUGCUCCUAGCUGCAACUUGUGCUUUUGUUGGAUUUUUCGGCCUCAUUAUGGGUCUUUUCUGUUAUCGUCAUGAAUUGAAAAUGUGGGCCCAUUCGAAUUGUUUCUUCACAAUGUGUUAUCGAUCACCAGCUUUUAUCGAUAACUUUGUCGAAAAUAAAGACCAUAGACUUUGUGAUGCCUAUUUUGCGUAUAGUCUUCAAGAUGAACAUUUUGUAAGCCAGAUUCUUGCCCAUGCUCUCGAAGCUGAUAUUGGAUACAGACUUAAUUUACACUAUCGUGAUACAAACUUAAAUGCUUAUAUCGCUGAUGCCAUCUUGGAAGCUGCUGAAGGUUCAAAAAUGGUCGUUUUGGUGCUCUCCAAGAACUUCCUUUAUAACGAAUGGUCACGAUUUGAGUAUAAAAGUGCCUUCCAUGAGAUGGUCAAACGCAGGAAGAGGCUCGUAUUCAUCUUGUAUGGAGAUCUCCCACAACGAGAUAUCGAUAUGGACAUGAGACACUACCUUCGGACCAGUACCUGCAUCGAAUGGGAUGACAAGAAAUUCUGGCAAAAACUUCGAAUGGCUUUACCCCAUUUGCCUCGGGGUAAUAACAAACGUCAUUGUUCUGGACCGCCACCAUCAGCGGUAAAUAUUUAUGCUACCGCUCAUGAUUACGGUGUUGGGACUCUACCCCGACCAGCAGCACCAGAUUGUCCAUCGAAACGUUAUGGUGACUGCAAUAAUUAUGCCACUAUUAACGAUUGCAGUCGAACAUAUCCUGCGGCGACAGGACCUCCUUGCAAAUUCAAUUCGAUGAACGAGAAAGGUCACGACAGACAACAUGAAUAUGCUGUGCCAUCACAUUAUUCCUCAGCGCCAUCUCCUGGUGAGUACGAACGUGGUGGUAGUGAAAAAAAUUGUGAAUGCGGUAAGAAAAGUGGAUCCUCGUCAUCGCCUCAGUCGGGUACAACGGCGACAGUGAAUUCAGCUGCUGGCAGUAUAAAUGCUAGUUUUUCAACGAAUUUCACAAAUCCUCCGCCUCCUUCGGUUACGAAUGCUGUUAAUAAUGCCACCAAUACAUUCCACAGUUUUAAUUGUAAGAAAACUUGUAGUUGUAGUGCUAAUGGUGGUACUUUGAGACAACAACAACAACAACAACAUCCUUCUACAGUGACUCAUUCAAAUUUAUAUGAGUCGAAUCUUUCGUUAAAUGAUAUUAGCAAUAGUUUGGAUAGUCGACCGACUUCAAAUAAGGACAUUUGGGCGUAAGGUUAAAAAAAAAUUAUUUAUAUUUAAAUAUAAAAAAAUAAAAUUUUUCUUGUAUUUUUUAACAAAAAAAUUAAAAAAAUAAAAAAAAAAAUUAUUCCAUAUAAAAAAAAAUUAUUAACGAAACCACAACAGACUGAACGAA